AUGGGGCGCUGCUGGAACCGGGGCCUCAAGCCAGGCACGCACGUGAGCCACGUGGCCUUCCGGACCGGCGGCCGCAGCGGGCCUCACUCGGAGCAGCCGCCGGGGUGCGCUGGGGCCGGCCACAUGCUGGGAGGGGCUGCUCCGCUCCUUGGGGUGCUGCAGGACCUGCGGCCGCCCCCGAGCCUGAUGCAGGCUCCCCCCCGCCCCCCGGUGUGCUGCCAAGUGGCCUUUGGCCUUCAGGAACAAGGAAGCGGGAAUGAAUCGUUUCUCUUGCUCCAGGAAGAUGAGGAGAUGGAGAGAAGCCUUGCAUUCUUGAGCUGCCUGCUGGCUUUGGGCCUUUUGCUGGCAUCCAAACCUUCCCUGGAAGCCCCCUCUGAGCCAGCCACUGCCUUGGACCUCUUAAGCUGUGUCAGUGAAGCCAAGCAGCUGGUGGAUGAUGCCUUCAAGUUCUCCCGGGAGAGAGCAAAGGCAAGCUCGAACCAGAGCAAUGUCUCCCCCUACGAAUUCCUGAAACGCUUAAAGGAGCCCGUAGCGGGAGCCAGGAGCGCAAUCCGAGCCGCGAGUUACCUGGAGGUGACUUUGGAUCUCGUGAAGCAGAAAGUGCAGGUGCCUUGGCAAACAGUAUCCAAUAUUACAGAUCUGCUAAGCACCGAGCAGAAGCAGGUGCUCUUCAGGGCGACCGGCUGUGACUACGUGAACCGUCCUGUGAGUUGUGCGGGGAACAGCCCCUACCGGACCAUCACCGGGGAGUGCAACAACAGGCAGAACCCUCAUUUUGGGGCAUCCAACCACGGCUACGCCCGCUGGCUUCCCGCGGAGUACGAGGACGGCAUCUCUCUUCCGAGGGGCCUGAUCGAAGGCCAGCUGUACAAUGGGCACCCACUCCCACUGGUGCGGAAGGUUUCCAACGAGGUCAUCACCACCCCCAACGAGAAGUUCCUGAGGGACGCGGAGCGCUCGCACGCCUUCAUGCAGUGGGGCCAGCUGGUGGACCACGACUUGGACCUGGCCCCCAUGACGGAAACCAGCGCCCACAACAAGGAGGCGCACUGCGACACCAGCUGCAACUACGCGCCCCCUUGCUUCCCGAUCAAGAUCCCCCCUGGAGAUCCGCGGAUUACAAAGCCAGGCGUCUGCAUGCCGUUCAUCCGGAGUGCCCCCGUGUGCAACCCCGCGAUGUCCACCCGGGAGCAGCUCAACGCCAUCACCUCGUUCCUGGACGCAAGCACGGUGUACGGGAGCGAGAGGCCACUGGCACAGCGCCUGCGCAACCAGAGCAGCCCUCUGGGCUUGAUGGCGCUGAACGAGAACUUCACGGACGGCGGUUUGGGGCUGCUGCCCUUCGAGAAGAACCCGAGCAGCCACUGCCUCCUCACCAACCGCACCGCCAACAUCCCGUGCUUUGAAGCAGGGGACAAAAGGGUGACCGUGACGCUGGGGCUGACGGCCUUGCACACCUUGUUUGUCCGGGAGCACAACCGCUUGGCCACAGAGCUGAAGGCGCUGAACCCCCACUGGGAUGGGGAGAAGCUUUAUCAGGAGGCGCGGAAGGUGGUCGGUGCGAUCAUCGAGGGCAUCACCUUCGGGGACUACCUGCCCCUUUUGCUGGGCACCGAGUUCAGCAAGCAGGUGCCGCCGUACCGGGGCUACAACGACUCGGUGGACCCCACGGUCUCCAACGCCUUCUCCCUGGCCUUCCGGUUCGGCCACGGCUCCAUCCCGCCCGUCGUGCCCCGCCUGGACGAGCACUACAAGCCCCUGGGCCUGCACGGCAACGUCCUGCUCCACCUCACCUUCUGUGCUUCGUGGAGGGUGGUGAUGGAAGGCGGCAUCGACCCGCUCAUCCGGGGCCUGCUGGCCGACCACGCCAAGCUGAUGCAGCAGGACCAGAUGAUGGUCGUCGAGCUGCAGGAGCACCUCUUUGAGCAGCUGGAGGAGAUCGGCCUGGACCUCUCUUCUCUGAACCUGCAGCGGGGCAGAGACCACGGCCUGCCAGCGUACAACGCCUGGAGGCGCUUCUGUGGCCUUUCUCAGCCAGCCGACGAGGCCGAACUUGCCACCGUCCUGCAGAACACCGCCCUGGCAAAGAAGCUGAUUGAGCUUUAUGGGACCCCGAGCAACAUUGACCUCUGGAUUGGGGCGAUGGCUGAACCCUUUGUCCCCCAGGGGCGGGUCGGCCCCCUCCUGGCGUGCCUCAUCGGGCUGCAGUUUCGCAAAGUCCGGGAUGGAGACAGGUUCUGGUGGGAGAACCCCGGGGUGUUCACCCCGCAGCAGCGCCACGCCCUGAGCAGCGACUCCCUUUCACGCGUCAUUUGCGACAACACGCACAUCACCGAGGUGCCCCGGGACAGCUUCCGGGUGAACCGCUAUCCCCAGGACUUCGUGAACUGCCGUGAGAUCCAAAGACUUGACUUGUCCGCUUGGAAAGAAGAGCAGUGAAAUCACGGGGCGUCGGUGCUGCAGGGAUCCUUGGCACUCUCCGGCUUUGCAGUGAGCCUCCGAGGCUGAAUCUGAGCCCGAACUCAGGAAGGAUUCGCCCAGCCAGUCCUUCCGUGAGGGCGCUGAGCUCUUUGAAG